AGCAGUCAUGGCUCAUGGGUUUCGACUUUGGACUUGGAUUGACUGUUGAGUGUUGAGUCAUCAAUGAUUGAGACAUCAAGUUGACUCAGUGCAACUCAGUGAAUUAAGUUGACUGUUGGCCACUACAAAAAAAUCCCUUUACUUAUUAAUAACACUCUUUGGUAUCGGGCAGUUUAAAAGACGUAUUGUACUUGAGUGAAUUCUAUUUAUAAACGUUUAGUCGCGUUUAGUCUACACAAUGGCUUAUCAGCACUAUCAAGGGCCGGGUGCGGUUCCAGCUGCUCCAAAUCGUGAUUUUCUUUGGCAGGUGUUUCAAAGAGUUGACAAAGAUAGAAGUGGAGCAAUAACUGCCCAAGAGCUGCAAUCAGCUCUAUCCAAUGGAACAUGGGCUCCAUUUAACUCGGAAACUGUUAGACUUAUGAUUGGUAUGUUUGAUCGUCAACAAAGAGGAACUAUUUCCUUUGAAGAUUUUGGAGCAAUCUGGAAGUAUGUCACUGAUUGGCAAACUUGCUUUAGAAGUUUUGACAGAGAUAAUUCGGGGAACAUUGAUGGCAAUGAACUAAGAACAGCACUUACAAGUUUCGGCUAUCGUUUGCAAGACGGAACUCAUCAUAUGUUGCUUCGAAAAUUCGAUCGUAUGGGAAAAGGAACGAUAUAUUUUGAUGAUUUCAUUCAGUGUUGCAUCGUUUUACAUAACUUGACUUCAGCGUUUCGUCAAUUCGAUACCGAUCAAGACGGUGUCAUUACUAUCGGAUAUGAACAUUUUCUUCAAAUGGUCCUCAACACCCGCGUAUAAGUUUCAGCUAAUAUACCUAAGCUACUAAAUUUACCACUUCCUUAUUGCUGUUUGUGUAUGUUUCUUUGCUCAUAUAGAGAUUCUGUAACAGCCAAUAUCUUGAUUUUUCCUGGCAGUUGAUUGAACUCUUCUCCCUUUUGAAUAAACUUGCAUAUGAAAUGUUA